GAUUCAUCCACAAACAAAUCAUUUCUCUAAUGGCUCUUUCUUCUAAACUUUCAUCCUUUUCUGGAUUCUCUGUCUCACCUGUUUCUGAAAAUGGUCUUCAAAAGCCAUGUUUCGGUAAUGUGAGAGUUGGUGAGAAAUGGGGGAGUAGGAAAUAUAGGGUUUGUGCUACAACUGCUCCUUUGACUGGGGUUUUGUUUGAACCGUUUGAAGAGGUUAAGAAGGAUUAUCUUGCUGUUCCUUCUGUUCCUCUUGUUUCUUUGGCAAGGCAGAAUUUUGCUGAUGAUUGUGAAUCUGUUAUUAAUGAACAAAUUAAUGUGGAAUACAAUGUUUCCUAUGUGUAUCACUCCAUGUAUGCUUACUUUGAUAGGGACAACGUGGCUCUCAAGGGAUUUGCGAAGUUCUUCAAGGAAUCUAGUGAAGAAGAGAGAGGACAUGCUGAAAAGCUUAUGAAAUAUCAGAACACUCGUGGUGGACGAGUUGUGCUUCACCCCAUCAAGGAUGUGCCUUCAGAAUUUGAGCAUGUGGAAAAAGGAGAUGCAUUGCAUGCAAUGGAGUUAGCUUUGUCUUUGGAGAAGUUAACAAAUGAGAAACUUCUCAAUGUGCAUAGUGUGGCAGAACGCAACAAUGACAUUGAAAUGACACACUUCAUCGAAGGCGAAUAUUUGAACGAGCAGGUUGAAGCAAUUAAGAAGAUAUCAGAGUAUGUGGCUCAAUUGAGAAGGGUUGGAAAGGGUCAUGGUGUUUGGCACUUUGAUCAAAAACUUCUUCAUGGGGUACAUGCUGGUUGAUCAUGAAUAGAACAGCCACCUUUUCUUGCAUCUGUAUACAGCUGGUCUUUUAUGGGAAGUGUUUGUGCAUGGUUGUUUUAUGUUUGUAGUUUAGGUUUUCCUAUGUACUAAGUUUGCAGAAGUUAGAGUAAUGUCAUUGCUAGUGUCACAUGCAAAAGGUUUCAAGCCUUGUGGAGUAAAAUCUGUUAAACACGUUUUGUAAUAUUUGUCUUCAAUAAAAAAGAGGCCACCAUGUUCAUGUUCA